AUUGUCAUCUUGUUAGCUUUAUCAUCAGUCUCUGGCUGACUGAGCUAUGGCUGUACAGAGAUAUUGAAAGGGCUCUGACAUAAGCGAAGCUGUAAGUUUGCAAAUUAUUUGUGUUUGAGCAACACUUUGUAGUUAUUCGGCCAGUCAAUCGAGAAUAUGUUAGAUGCUUGCUAGUGGAGCGAUAAAUACCACGUCAACGCGUGUAUCACUGAGACUGAAAGAAGCCUGCGUCUACUCAAAUUAAAGUAUCAAGGAUAACCUAGGUUAAUCAAGUUAGCCUACGUGAAAAUAACACUUCUCCUCAUGGAAGAACAGCUGAACACUGACACCGAUCGUUUGGAGCCUAGAUAUGGACUUUCUGGGGGGAAACGACAGCUUUCAAGGGAAGUGGAGAUGGAGAUUACUCAGUUAUGUCAUGAUGUGCCACAGCUGUCACAAGUUUUCUCCAUUGUAGACAAAAUUGGUGAAGGGACUUUCAGUUCAGUGUAUCUGGCUGAAGAUAAAAUGUCAUUAAGGCAAAAACGGAGAUUUGCUUUGAAGCAUCUUAUCCCCACCAGCCAUCCAAUGAGGGUAGCUGCUGAGCUACAGUGUCUGACUGUUGCAGGUGGCCAAGAAAAUGUCAUGGCUGUGACGUACUGCUUCAGGAAGGACCAUCAUGUGAUCAUUGUUAUGCCUUAUGUGGAACAUGAACCCUUUGUGGACAUUGUUGGUAACAUUACUCUUCAGGAAGUGUGCCACUACAUAUUUAAUCUCUUCAUUGCGCUGAAGCACAUCCAUAAGUUUGGAAUCAUUCAUCGUGACAUCAAGCCAACAAACUUUCUAUACAAUCGCUCCCAGAGAAAGUAUGCAUUAGUUGAUUUUGGCCUAGCUCAGGGCACACCAGACACACAGAUUGAGCUGCUGAAGGAGGUGAACACCAAAGCACAGAAGGGUGGUAGAACUACUGGGGAACCUGAGCACUCAAGGGGGAAAUCGGUUCCUGCAACAGCACCAGUCACCUUAGCCACAUCACAAAAGUCUAUUUUUCUGUCAGGCACUAAACCACCAGCUGGAAAAAAACCUUGCAUGAUCUACACAUCUGCAGAUGCCAAACCUAGCAAGGAGUCAAUGACCCCCUGUAAAAUGCCACGGUCUGUGUUUGGAGAAAGAAACAUGAAUAGCAUUAAUCCAGCAAAUGCAUUAGACACAGGAGUGGAGGUUGUAAGAUCUAUGAAUACAAAAGACAUUGCUGCUAGAAAGAUUUUGCAAUCCAAGUAUCAAGUGUCUACCACAGUGAAGGAGCAAGUCAGUGGCCAGAAGCACAGAGACUUAGCUCUUGAUUCAAACCUCACCUGCAGCUGUUUCUUGACGGACCGUGUCUGCAACAUCUGUCUCUCCAGGAAACAACAGGUUGCCCCGAGAGCUGGAACACCUGGGUUUAGAGCUCCUGAGGUGUUGAUUAAGUGUCAGAAACAAGGAACAGCCAUUGAUGUAUGGGCUGCAGGUGUGAUUCUUCUCUCUCUCUUAAGUGGUAGAUACCCAUUCUUUAAAGCAAGUGAUGACCUCAUAGCCCUAACACAGAUAAUGACAAUACGUGGAUCUAGGGAAACCAUACAGACUGCAAGAGUGUUGGGGAAGGAAGUGGUGUGUAGCCACGAGCUUCCACGACUUGACUUGAGGAGGCUCUGUGAGAUGAUGCGAAGAACACAGCCUGGCCAAGAGGAGACCGUUUUGACUGAAUUACAGACCACAUGUCAAUCCUGCAGUCCAAUACAAAACAAUCUGGACAAGACCAGUAUGCACUGUGAACAAAACUGGGAUAGAGUUCCAGAUGAGGCAUACGAUCUUCUAGACAGACUGCUUGACCUGAAUCCAGACACAAGAAUUAAGGCCAGCACGGCCCUACAGCACCCUCUGUUUAAAGACCUGAAUAUAACAACUGGCGUCUAAGGAGUAAAUCUGCCACACAGCAGCAACUCUGAGCAGGAGUACAUGAAAUGUGCUCAGGCUGCUUACCUUCAUAAAACAUAACUAGUUGAUGUUGUGUUAUUGUAUCAAUUGUAGUUUUAUUAUUAUUUAAUACCUACACACUAGAUGUCACAAGAAUGUGUACUGUAGCUGUCUGAACUGAAAUGAAUGGCACUGUCUGCAAAAUUCUGUGACUCAACUUGCACGAUUAUAAUAUUUUUUAUGGACAAUAAAAUGUUAAAUUC